UUAGGAUCCGAGGAUAGAGAGGCCGCAGCCGGGACAGCUCGACCUGUCUCACCCUCCAGGCACCGGACAGCUAGACCUGUCUCACCCUCCAGGCACCGGACAGCUAGACCUGUCUCACCCUCCAGGCACCGGACAGCCCCACCAUGCACCCGCUCUGAGGAGACCUCCACCCGGGGACCCUCAUGUCUUUGUCCGCUGCUGUCUCCAUGGGACAGUGACGGAGGCUCCAUCUGUCUUCUCGCUGUGAGGACACUGACACUCUGGCUUCUGCUGGAGCUCCGGGGGACACACCGGAGGAUCGUCAGCGGCGUGUUGUGGUGUCUGAGGCGGGGGAAGAGGACGAGGUCCAGCGGUUUGAUUUUCUCCGUGGUGUCAGUGUGGAGCGUGCCACACACCCGCUGCUCAACAACGACGGCUUUUGCCUGCAUCCUCCAGUGUUUCUUCUGUCAGCACGUCCAGCAGAGCUGCAACUCGUCCAGCGCCAGCCCGGACGCCAGCGAGGAGCCCGGCCCCACUGACAUGGUGAAGAUGACCAAGUCCAAGACCUUCCAGGCGUACCUGCCCAGCUGCCACCGCACCUACAGCUGCAUCCACUGCCGGGCUCAUCUGGCCAAUCACGACGAGCUCAUCUCCAAG